CAAUAAAGUUAGAGGAAACUCAUGUGUGGCUCAACUGUAGUCCAUUAUUGGAUCCGAACAAGAACAUGGUGGAAGUACCGACGCGGUUGCAACAGGGUAAUAUGUGUCAAGUUAUAUUUUACUACCACGGUGCUGGGCCGAUGACAAGGUGUGGGGUCCACCUAUUAGGCCACCAGGUUGGUGAUGUCAGUGAGGCUGAGGUCGUGGUAGUUGACGUUGAUAUCCAUCGUCACUACCAAGGUGAAUUGGUUUCCUUGUCUUUAGCAUCAACGAGUGGUGUUGGGAAGAGGCCUCGUGGAUCAGAUACCAUCGCAGUUGAUAAUCAUGGUCCUAACGUCGUCGUCUUGGAUCAUGAUCACGAAGAGCAAUAUCUUACCUUGUUUUCAGAACCAGCAUAUCAUCCAAAGCGGAGGCAUAUUGAUAUUGAUGAGGAGCAAAAUUCACCUAUUGAUGUGAAUGGAGCUCGUUUAAUCAAGGGAAUUGAUGAUGUUGCGGAAGAAAUGUACUUGAUGAAGGAUUAUUUUGGUCAAAGCAAUAACAGAUUGUGGCUUGAUCCAUUUAAACACAAGAGAAGAUGA